AUGCAGCCUGACCUGGGUCCUCCAAGCCUUCUGCCCACCUGCGGUAAAGGGGCAGUGACAGGGCCAGAGGUCGUGGCCAGGAACCAGGGCUUCACUCAGUUCUCUCCUCCUCCAGGCGCCCGCGGCUCGGAAGCGGAGGGCCGACUCCGUGAGAAACUUUUCUCGGGCUAUGAUAGCUCGGUGAGGCCGGCGCGGGAGGUGGGAGACCGCGUCGGGGUCAGCGUUGGUCUCAGCCUAGCGCAAUUAAUCAGCCUGAACGAGAAGGAUGAGGAGAUGAGCACAAAGGUCUACUUAGACCUGGAGUGGACUGACUACAGGCUGAGCUGGGACCCUGAGGAGCACGAGGGCAUCGAUUCACUCCGCAUCACUGCCGAAUCCGUGUGGCUACCAGACGUGGUGCUCCUAAACAACAAUGACGGAAAUUUUGAUGUUGCUCUGGACAUCAACGUCGUGGUGUCCUCCGACGGCUCCGUGCGCUGGCAGCCCCCGGGCAUCUAUCGCAGCAGCUGCAGCAUCCAGGUCACCUACUUCCCCUUUGACUGGCAGAACUGCACCAUGGUGUUCAGUUCCUAUAGCUAUGACAGCUCAGAAGUCAGCCUGCAGACUGGCUUGGGUCCCGAUGGGCAGGAGCGGCAGGAAGUGCACAUUCAUGAAGGCACCUUCAUUGAGAAUGGUCAAUGGGAGAUUAUUCACAAGGCUUCUCGGCUAAUCCAGCCUCCAGUGGAUCCUAGGGGAGAGGGGGAAAGACGGCGUGAGGAAGUCACCUUAUACCUCAUCAUUCGCCGGAAGCCUCUCUUUUACCUAGUCAACGUCAUUGCCCCAUGCAUCCUCAUCACUCUUCUGGCCAUCUUCGUCUUCUACCUGCCACCAGAUGCAGGAGAGAAGAUGGGGCUCUCGAUCUUUGCCCUGCUGACCCUUACUGUGUUCCUGCUGCUGCUGGCAGACAAAGUGCCUGAGACCUCCCUGUCUGUCCCCAUCAUUAUCAAAUACCUCAUGUUUACCAUGGUCCUCGUCACCUUCUCAGUCAUCCUUAGCGUCGUAGUCCUCAACCUGCACCAUCGCUCACCCUACACCCACCAAAUGCCCCUUUGGGUCCGUCAGAUCUUUAUCCACAAACUCCCUCUGUAUCUGGGUCUGAAGAGACCCAAGCCUGAGAGAGACCAGAUACCGGAGCCACCUCCUAUACCUCUCAGGGAUUCUCCAGGAAGUGGCUGGGGUCGGGGAACAGAUGAAUAUUUCAUCCGCAAGCCACCAAAUGAUUUUCUCUUCCCCAAACCCAACAGGUUCCAGCCUGAACUGUCUGGCCCGGACCUGCGGCGAUUUAUCGAUGGUCCAAACCGGGCUGUGGGCCUGCCUCCCACAGGGGAGGAAACGACCCGGGAGGUCGUUUCCUCAAUCAGCUACAUCGCUCAACAGCUGCAGGAACAGGAGGACCACGACGCGCUGAAGGAGGACUGGCAGUUUGUGGCCAUGGUGGUGGACUGCUUCUUCCUGUGGACCUUCAUCAUCUUCACGAGCGUCGGGACCCUCGUCAUCUUUCUGGACGCCACGUACCACUUGCCCCCUCCCGACCCCUUUCCUUGAGGACGAGAGGGCCGAGACCGAGGUCCUCGGCCAGUUGAAUUGAGAGUUAGUUUGGUAGUACUCUCAAGCCCUAUCCCUUUCUGCAUCUUAACUCCUUCACUAGGAGUCCAAUCCUCUCAUCAUUUCGUUUCUAGGGAGGAAGCCCAAGUGGGACUGGGCAGGUGGGGGCCUUGGGCCCACCUGAAAUGCACUAUCUGCUUAUUUACUCUUUGGCUUCUUGAAGAAGCUCCAUUGGAUAUUCACACCUAGGUUGGCAAUGAAUGGAACAAAGAACAAGCGCUAGCUUGUAAGCCUUCUGAGGGCAGGAACUAUGUCUGUUCACUGUAAUAUCCCCAGCACCUAGCACAGAUCCUAACCUAUAUGGCCGCUACCUCUGGUUGAAUGAAUAGGGAAUUUUUUUUCUGUAAGGAAAUACACUAAUAUCGCUUAUA